UAUUAUAGACUUAGGAUAAAAGUACCUCAUUUAAUUAUAGUAUACUUUACUUUAGAUGGCCAAGUUGUAAAAUCAUGGAUGCAAGCCAUUACUAAUUAGUGAUCACUCUCUGCAUCCAUAAAUGAUGAACAAAGUUCCACAGUCAAACCCUCAGGAUUCAAGGCAGAAACUUCAAGAAAACUUAGAAAAAAAAGAAACAACACUAGCAAUUAAAAAUCACUUAAGUUGUAGUGGAGAUAGAAAGAAUAUUAGUCCCCAGAUAUCAGAUGUCACUAGCAAUGGAGAAAUGUCAUUUUCUGUAACAAAGAAAGAAUCUUUGACCAACAAUCAACUUUCAGAAAAAUGUGAAAUAAAAAGUCCCCGUACAACAUCUAGUGGCACAACACUCUUAACUUCAUCUGGUGAUGACUUAGGAAAAAAUAAUGGAUCAGUUUCACAUUCUGAGAGCUCUGCAUGUUUGAAUUCAGUUAUGGUUGGAACCAGCCAAUCGAAGAGUCAGUCAUCUGAGGAAAACUUGUCUUUGAUUUCUACACCUAAAAAAGUUGCAGGAAAAAGAAAGAGAGAAAUUAUGGUAGCUCAGCGAUCUUCAUCCCGACAAAUUAAGAGGAAAAGUUUUGAUGAUGAAAAUUCAUCUGCUUCUCCAUACAAACAUCACAGGAAAUGCGACAAGGCAGGUUGUGAUGCUGAAAUUCCUAUUUGUUUUGCUUCUGCAGCCAGAAGUUGUGCUGGCAGUGGGUAUACUUCUCGAUGGUAUCACUUGUCACCUGGGGAACACUACUGUAAUGAAUGCUUUGAAUUUUUUUAUCGCAGUCAUAAAGAUGGAUAUAAUCGCUUCACAAAUUGGAAAAAGAAGUGGUCUGCUAAUGGAAGAACAGAAGCAACACUUAAAUUCUUCAUGGUUGAUCAGAUGCUUCCUUAUUGGGUGCAGUGUACCUUACCUGAAUGUGGAAAGUGGCGCCAACUACCAAGAGAUGUGGAGCUGACUUCUAACAUGAUAAAUAAUUUUCAAUGCAAGUUUGCAGGCCAGAAGAAGGAUGACAAAGCCUGUUUGGUGGAGGAAGAUCAGAGAAUUAAUCAGGUGUUUACCCUAGACUGGUUAGCCUCUUUAACCCACCCAGCCUUGCUCCACAACUCUCCUGCUGCAGAUUUUCUUCAUAGGUAUUACCCAGAUGGGGUGGGUUUGAGCCCCACAUGUAGUAGGUGCAAGGUUGUAGUGGUUUCCCUUCCUAAUGGCACUGAUACUGGUGGCCACACGGAGUUCAUAGGCCCCUCUACUUCUGACCGCACCUAUUUAGAUCUGAAACCACAAGAUACAAGCCCUAACACCUGCAUUCAGCCAUUUUAUCAACCACUGGAGCCACGAAGAGCUAGGUGUUUUAGACCAGAUGUCAUGGAACCAGAGGAGAGAGAAGUUUUUCCAGAAUAUGCAAGAGAACCAGUUAUGUACUUAGGAAUCCGAAACUUAAUUGUAGCUUUGUGGUACCUGGAUCCUAAGGAGUGGCUCGUACUAGAUAGGGUCAUAGAGAACCUUAUGUGUCGAGGCUUAGUACGUGUUCGCUGUGUUUAUGAUUCCCGUCGAAUACUAAAAUAUCUUACCCUCAAGGGUUUAAUAAAUUUUGGUAUUAUUCAAUCACCAUCUUCAUUCACUCUCCUACCAGCAGAGUGUCAGGAAUCAGUAAUAAUAAUUGGAGCUGGUGCUGCAGGAAUAAGUGCUUCCAGACACUUGAAGAAUCUUGGUGUCAAGGUCAUGGUUUUAGAAGCAAGAAAUAGGAUUGGUGGUCGAGUGUGGGAUGAGUCUUUUCUUGGUGUCUGCGUUGGAAAAGGUGCUCAGAUCAUCACGGGGGUUAUCAAUAACCCUCUAACAAUCUUGAGCCAACAGGCUGCAAUGGCAAUGAGGAUAGUUGGGGAAAAAUGUGAGCUAUUUGCUGAAGAUGGCACUGUCACACCAUCUAGUGUGGACCAACGAGUGGAAUUUCAUUUUAACGCUGUACUAGAUGCUGUAGCAAGCUGGAGGAAAGAUCAAACACAUGAUACUAAUUUAUAUGAUAAGAUUAUGGAGAUGCACAAGAAUUUUAUGGAAGAAACAAAAAUGAAGUUUUCUGAAGAAGAGGAGAAUUUAAUACACUUCCACAUCAGUAAUCUUGAGUAUGCUUGUGGAUCAGCACUUAAUACAGUUUCCACUCUUUCCUGGGAUCAAAAUGAAACUUACCCCCAGUUCACUGGCCACCACACACUAUUGCUCCGUGGAUACAGCUUAUUACUUGAACAACUGGCUGAAGGUCUUGAUAUUCAACUGGGACAAGAGGUGAAGGAAAUUAAUUAUUCUGGAGACAAAGUCAUCAUCAGAUGUCAAGAUGGAGAAGAAUGGAAGGCUUCGAAAGUAAUUGUCACAUUACCUUUGGCUGUAUUACAAAAAGAAGAAGUAACUUUUUGCCCUCAGUUGCCAGAGGAAAAACUUAAGGCAGUACAUCGUCUUGGAGCUGGCACAGUUGAAAAGAUAGUGCUGCAGUUUCCUUAUCGUUUCUGGGCCCUCAAGGUUAAAGAGUAUGACCUUUUUGGGCACGUACCUCCUUCACCCCAAAAACGAGGACUUUUCAGUGUCUUUUAUGACUUAUCACCAAAAUCUAGCAUGGAGCCCCAUAAGUGUUUCAUUUUAAUGACCUACGUGAGUGGAGACGCUUUAUUGAUGAUUGAGAAUAAACCAGACAAGGAAAUUGUUGACAUGUGCAUGUCUGCUCUUCGAGGGAUGUUUUCUGACCAGGAUCUAGUUGUUCCUGAUCCAACAUCUUGGUUUGUUACCCGCUGGAAACAAGACAAAUAUGCUGGUAUGGCCUACAGUUUUGUGCCAACAGGUGGGACGGGCGAAGAUUAUGAUACUUUAGCAAAAGACUUGGAUCGCAAAAUAUAUUUUGCAGGCGAGGUACAUGACAGUAUUGCAGGAUUGUACUAUAGUGAUAAAUUGAUUGUGUGA